AAUGGCGUGUAUUUUUGUAACUCUCUUUGCGACCAGCGGAUGGCGCUCCGGGCCAAAGAAAAGGAGAUGUUAAGGUGGUUGAGUCGGCUCAUCAAAGUUACAUUUCGGGACUGUAGGGACGUUGCUGAUAAGCAAUAAAGGCUCAUCCCGUCCAUAGAAAAGGCCAUGUACCCUGUAGACCUGCCAGCUGUGGAUCACACUGACCUGACAUCUGCAUCUGAACAGUACAUGUCCUCUCUGGAGUCCAGCCCCUGUGAUAAUGAGUGGUUUCAGUCAUCGCAGACCUCAAAGGUGGCAAUAACAGCAACAAAUGUGAGCCAGCUGCAGCUGUUUGAGGAUGGCCAGCCUGCCUGUGUAGUGCUGGCACUGCACCCUCCGGAUGAUCAAACACAAGUGGUUGGCCUAUACCUGCACGGGAAGUGGUGGCUUUUGGAUGACGUCUUGCGAACGUCAAGCAAAUCCAGAAGUGGUUUGGUGUCGGUGCAGUCUGUUAUGGAGAGGGUGAUUGUGUUUCUGCUCAGUCAGAUAAUGGAGAGACCUUCACUGUUCUCCCUACAUCCUCCCAAAGAGAGCUGCAAAGUGCUGUGGAAAGACAACCAGGCGGUCGGCUUUUACACCGUGAAGCACAAAGGGAGUCUGUGUGACGGCUGGAGCAGCUGCUGUUACCUGCUGCCUGUUCUGGACACUGUGCUGGUGAGGAGGUGCUGCAGGAGGAGAGGCUUCGGCCUUCAGAUGCUGGAGGAUUUCUGCUCCUCGUUCUCUACGGAGGAGUUUCUGGGAGUCAGCUCUCCAUUAUCCCCCAGCAUGGCUGCAGUGUUCAAAAGGUUCCUGCAGAAGCACCAGCAGUAUCGAGAGCGCCUGUACGAGGUGGAAGCUCCAGGGGGCUGGACUCAACGACGAAACAUCUGGCUUAACAUUCAGCUCGGACGCUACUGCCUCGGUACUGAUAAGGAGAGCAGCCCAAUAUCAGGAGAAACACAGAGAAAUACACUCAAGGACUCCUUUCACAAGACUUGUAUACUGGACCUGGGCACACUGGGAAGCCCUGGUGUAAACACUGCAGUGGUGUUGGACUCUGCUGAACAGCAAUUUAAAUCGUGUGAGCCAAGCCAAGGAAGAUGGUCCCUGAGCAGCGAGCUCCCUGGAACAGGAUGUAGCCUUGCAGCCCAAACUAUCCAUGUGAAAUCUGGACCUGCCACCCAGCUCCUAAACACAGCACAGGCUUUGAAAUCCAAGGCUUCCAAAUCUACAAAGCACCACAGAGAGGAACCAGAGGACAUGCAGAAAAUUCCCAAACGAGCCAGAAGUGAGUUGAAACAUGUACACACAAAGACUGCAUUCAGCAGCAGAGCCCACAGAGAAUGUUCGGACACUUAACCGAAACCACAUCCACAUUCAUUUAGGUGACUUUGUAUUCUUUUCAUCAAAUCAAAGUGAAUUUUGAAUGAACAGCAGACUGCAUGUACCUAAACAUGCACAAUAAACCUUUUCGUGUGUCUUUGUAGCAUCGCGUUUCUGUGUGGCUACUUUAUAGUGUUUGUGCUAAAUAAGAACCAUGUGUCUGAGUUAUUGAUUUUUGCCUUCAAACAUGAAUACAUCCACACAAGAAUGAUUAUUAUUGCACAUUAGAGUAUAGCAUAUGCAAUUUUCUCCAUCGUUUGGGUACAACCUGCACUGCAUUUUAACCCAUUUUACAUGAAAGGCUGGGGUUCAUACGGUGAGCUUAGAUUAUUAUCCUUAACUAUUAAUGCACAGGAUCAAUCAAUAGAGAGCUACAAUAUAUUUUUUUCUGCACCUUGGACAAGUCAUCCAUCACAUAAACAGCCACAGCUUCUGGGGCUUGCUGUGGAUUAGGAGGUAGAGCAAGCCAUCGACUAGCUGGAAGGUUGGUGGUUUGAUCCUUGACUGCUCCAGCUUGCAUGCCAAAGUAUCCCAAACCCAGAGUUGCUCCUGAUGUGCCCACACAGGAAAAAUGGUUUAAAACUACAGAUGUAUUAUCAUCUCCCCCACUGCACUUUAGGUGCAUAUAAAAAGAAAAAAUCUUGGUGUAUUUUACUGUAUAUAGCAAGCAUCUAUAUACAUAGUAUUUUGUUUUGUUUUUUUGUACACUGUUCACAUUGGGUUUUUUCUUCCUUUUUAUUUUUCGAAUAUAUCUCUAAUUCACUUUUUGUUCCUUUCCCUCGUGCUGGUGUAACAAGUGAAUUUCCCCCAGAGUGGGAUUAAAUAAAAUCUAUGUGUGUUUGUAUUCUU